UUCUGAACGUUAGUUUGUUUUGUUUCCCGAUUCGUGAUUUUUGCGGUCUGCUUCUAGUUGCUUUUAACGUCUAUUUCUUCAUCACUAAUUCCCAAAAUGAGUCGCCGCAAACGCGUGAAGGUCGACAACCGGGAUUUGGAUGAGAAAUUAAAACAAGAUGAUUCUGAGUCUGAUCAAUCUGAAAAGAGUAAAAUCACGUCCAUUAGUCCAACUACUGUUAGCAGUAGAAGAGAGUCUACCUCAAGCCGCAAUACAGACGGGAAAGAAUCCAAGAAAGAUGAAAAAUCGACGAUUAUAUUGGACGAAACCAAAAGUGAAGAUAUUGAGGAGGUUAAUUACAAGGAAAUGCUUAAUAGUUUGGAAGGAGCAGCUUUCCAAUCAAGGCUGCCGUUUGACAAAAUGUCUUCAUUGGAAGCCGAGUGCUUCUCAGAUCUGCAGGGUGCCUGUAGCCAUGCAUUUGUUCAAAUCCGGAACAGAAUCCUGAAGAUGUGGUUUGAAGACCCCAAGAAACAACUUAUUCAGGAACAUGCAGUUUCCAAAAUGGAGCCCCCAUAUAAUGGAGACCCAGCUUUAAUUAUCAGGACGCAUGCAUUUCUGGAGAGACAUGGUUUCAUAAACUAUGGAAUCUAUGAGCGGCUUACAGCAAUACCAUCGCCUCCCAAAGGAAAGCAGAGGCCUAAAGUCAUCAUUAUUGGAGCAGGUGUGUCCGGUUUGGCGGCUGCUCGUCAACUUCAGUCGUUUGGCUGUGAGGUAGUCAUAUUGGAGGGCAGAGACCGGGUCGGCGGCCGCGUGGUCACGUACAGGAAGGGACCUUAUGUUGCCGACUUGGGUGCUAUGGUUGUAACUGGAUUGGGCGGUAACCCGGUGACAACGCUGUCAGUUCAGAUGAACAUGGAACUACAUAAGAUCAAGCAAAAGUGUCCACUCUACGAAGCUACUGGCAAUCAAGUUCCUAAACAUAAAGAUGAAAUGGUGGAGCGCGAGUUCAACAGACUUCUUGAUGCUACGUCCUACCUCUCCCAUCAAGUAGACUUUAACUACUACAAUGACACGCCGGUCUCACUUGGACAAGCUCUUGAGUGGGUCAUCAAAUUGCAACAAAAGAACGUGAAACAUAAGCAGAUUCAACAACUGAAAGCGGUCAUCACUCUACAAGAGAAGCUUAAGGGUAACAUAAAUAAAAUGUCUGACAUUCAAGAGUUACUCAAGUCAAUGAAGAUCGAAAAGGAAGCUCUGCUUGUAGAAAAAACAAAACUGGCUGCUGGGGAUGCUAGCAUCUUGCAAGAGUUCAACCUUCGCCGCCUCAACAGAGAGAUGAAGCAAUUGUGUAAUGAAUAUGAUUCACUGGUCAAUCAAAAUCAGAGUAUUGAAGAUAAGUUGACACAGCUCGAGACCAAUCCACCAAGCUCCGUGUACCUGUCGGUGCGAGACCGCCAGAUCCUGGACUGGCAUUUCGCGAACCUGGAGUUCGCGAACGCCACGCCGCUGGGCAACCUGUCGCUGAAGCACUGGGAUCAGGACGACGACUUCGAGUUCACCGGGAACCAUCUAACAGUGCGCAACGGUUACUCCUGUGUCCCGGUGGCUCUCUCCGAAGGCCUGGACAUCAGGCUGGGCACCGCAGUCACCGACAUCCAGUACGGCGGCCCCGGGGUCAGCGUCAAGGCGGUCAACCCCCGCAACCAGAGCCAACCGCAAGUGUUCAAGGGUGAUGUGGUUCUUUGCACUUUGCCUCUCGGAGUCUUGAAAGUAGCUGUGGCGAACAGCGGGCAAAAUCAACAAAACUUCGUUAAUUUUGAUCCUCCAUUACCGGAUUGGAAGGUGGCUGCUAUCAAGCGUCUGGGCUAUGGAAACCUGAACAAAGUAGUGCUAUGCUUCGAAAGAACAUUUUGGGACCCCAGCGCCAAUCUAUUUGGCCAUGUUGGCACUACGACAGCGAGCAGAGGCGAACUGUUCCUCUUCUGGAACCUGUACAGCGCACCGGUGCUGCUGGCGCUGGUGGCGGGCGAGGCGGCGGCCGUGAUGGAGAACGUGACGGAUGACGUCAUCGUCGGCCGCUGCAUCGCCGUGCUCAAGAGCAUCUUCGGCCACGCGGCCGUGCCGCAGCCCAAGGAAUGUGUGGUCACCAGAUGGCGAGCGGACCCGUACGCGCGGGGCUCGUACAGCUUUGUGGCGGUCGGUUCGUCGGGCACUGACUAUGAUUUGCUCGCUGCGCCAGUGCCCGGGGCUUCUCCGGGAGAGAAUAGGCUCUUCUUUGCUGGUGAGCACACAAUGCGCAACUAUCCUGCUACGGUGCACGGCGCGUUUCUGUCCGGUCUGCGCGAGGCGGGCCGCCUAGCCGACCUGCUGCUGCCGCAACCGCCCAUCACCAACGCGAGCGUAGCUGCUGCCACUGCCGCCGCCUACCUCUCCUGAUGCGCCUCAACUGAAGCCAUGGCGCGCGGAGCGGAUCUCCACCACAGCCACCACUCGCCAACACGAACGUGGCUGGUGAUACCGCCGCCGCAAAGAAUUCCUGAAAAUAAAGAAAACAACACCGUUAGUUACAUCUUAUAAAAUGACAACUGGUGGGAGGGAAAAAGAUAUUUGUUUGCAGAUGAAAGAUGUUUUGUAUUUCACAACGAACUAAUUAGUAAUAGCAACAUUUCGAACUAUGUAGUUGUCAUUAUUAGAAAAUUCAAGACUGGAACAUUGUUUUAGAAAAUAAAUUUAGUUUAAUUUUGUUUUCACUGUGUAGGUAAAGCUAACAGAAGUACGUUUUGAUCUGUUAAGAACCAUCUUAUUUGUAUUGUCUAAACUUACUUAAGGUUCACAUAAAUAUGUACUUCUGGUAGUAACAACAUUAGUAGGGAUAAGUUUUAGUAGUAUUAUGACUUAUACCUUAACACUUUCCUUGUCCGGGUGCCCCCAAUGUGGGCUUAAGCUUUUUUCAGGAGUCCGUGCUUCCACUAUGGGUUCACAACUUCAAAGUGAAAGCACACUUGGGCGUGUGACUUUGUCAUAUAAUUUUGCAUGGGGAUAGUGAACGUGUUAAAAUGACAUCUUGGGCCAUGAUGGUUUAGAUUACAAUUAGUAUUCUCAUGAACUUUGUAGUAAUGUAAGUUUUUUUUUUGUAUUUAGUUCUGCGCUGCCGUAUAUUAAAAUGUUUAGUUCUAGAUUAAUUAAUAGCAGAUAGCUAUUAAAAAUAGAUUUAAUUAAUAUAGUGAUGACAAAAUGCAGCCUUUAUCAGACUCUCUAGUGCAACUUUUCUGUAAUAGACCGUGUUUAAUACGAUAACAAAAUUAAUAAUAAGAUUUGCAACUAAAUAAUGAAUUGUAAUAAUUGUCUGCCCAGUAUGCCUUAAAAGAACACCAAUAGCUUAUUAAUGGUACAACUAUUUAUUCCAUAUUUUCUACACAUUAGAGCAAUAAUAGUUGUUGUUAAUAAUAGUACAUAGUUGGAACGCCAACGGCUGAUCAAAGGAAUGUAAUUGAUAACGGUUUUCAGAAUUGAAGCACUCAACGCAUUGAUCAUAUUCAACUAAAUGUUUUUAUAAUACCUACCUAAUCACGAAGUACCUACUGUCAAAUCUAUUAAUCAAUCUAAAUAUUCGUUUUUUAAUCUGCUAAUGUUUCUGCUGGUAGCUGACCAAUUUAAUCCGAUAAUAAUAAUCCCGUUAGUGUUGUGCUGAUUUAUCAUUUUAUGUUAAAACAGAUAUGAUAUUCGUAAAAGUGGUUAAUAUUGUCUUUUAAAAUAUUUAAUUUUAUUCCUUUGACGUAUCUAUGAAUAUCCGCGACCAUAAUGCCGGUUCUUAAAACUGGUGUUAAUACAUUAUGACAACCGCACUGCCCAUGGAAUUAACUAAACAUUAAGCAGUUUAAAAUAUUAAAUAAGUGUUUUUCAUUUUACAUAUGU